UAUGGAGAGAGAGUGGGAGAAAGCAAAAAAUAUAUAAUGAUAUGAUAUUAUGUGAAGUUGCGUUACACCUACUACUCCUGCUACCCUCUCCCUCCUUUAUUCUUCCAUGUCCCCACACUCGGCAGCAUCACCUUUCCCGGCCCAACUAUCCUUUCUCUCCUUUUUCCAUCCUCUCACUCUCAGCUGCUGCUGCUUCUUCUUCUUCUUCUUCUUCUUCUUCUUCUUCUUCCAUCAUCAUCAUUCACACCACACACACUCUCUCUGUCUCUCCGUGUCAUUGUGCUGAUCUCUGGAUGAGAGUUGAACCUGAUCACUAACUCAUCACUGCUCUUUUCUGUUUUUUUGAUCGAUCGAUCAGUUCAUCAAUCAAUCCAACAAUGGUCAGGACGGUGAGAGUCGGGUCAUUCUUCAACAAGUUCUUCUCCCUCUUCCUCCUCCUCCUACUCGGCUGCUUCUCCUCCUCCUCCGCCGCCUCUGCCGACGGCCACCGCGAGCCGCCCAGGCCCAACAAGAAGAAGCGCAAACUCCUGGCUGCUGCCUCGUCCUCUGCUUCUGCAGUAGCAGCUAUUUCUUCUCGCUUCAAAGCCACCAAAGCCCUUUCCUCCUCCUGGGCCUCCAUCAAGCGUGCUUUCACCAGAAUGCCCUCCAGAAUCGCCGCCGCCGCCCAGACCCAGCCCAGCCCCGGCCCCACCACCCCAACCCUCACCUCCGCCCGCUCCUCUCACCGCUCCCUCGUCUCCAUGGUCCAACCCGAAACUCUCAACCUGCUGGAGCCCCAUUCACUCGUACUCCCGUCCCAAGAAUCCAACGUCUCCUCCGAUGACAAUCCCUUGUUCCUCCCCCUGAGGAACGACAUCUUCCCCUGCACGGCCUGCGCCGAGAUCUUCCCCAAGCCCCACCUACUGGAGCAGCACCAGUCUAUGAAGCACGCCGUGUCAGAGCUCACCGGGGAAGACUCGGGUCAAAACAUCGUCAAGAUCAUCUUCAAGAUGGGCUGGACCAAUAAGGACCGUAGCCCGAAGAUCGACCGGAUCCUAAAGAUCCACAACAGCCCGAAGAUCCUGACCCGCUUUGAGGAGUACAGGGAGUUGGUGAAGUCCAAGGCAGCGAGGAACGGCGCUGCAGGCAGGAGGCGGGAUGAGAGGUGCAUCGCUGAUGGCAAUGAGCUCCUGCGCUUCCACUGCUCAACCUUCAUGUGCGAGCUGGGACAGGACGGUAACUCCGCCACCUGCAAUCAGCAGUACUGCAGCGUAUGCGGGAUCAUCCGGUCAGGGUUCUCUCCCAAGUUGGACGGAAUCUCCACGCUGUCGACGAGCUGGAGGGCUCACAUGGCUAUCCCGGACGAGACCCUGGAGGAGUUCAGGUUCAUGAACGUGAAGCGGGCGAUGCUGAUCUGCCGGGUUAUCGCGGGUCGGGUCGGAUGCGACCCUGUGGACGAGGAUGGGGCGGAAAAGGGAGGUUGUGGGUUCGAUUCGGUCGUUGGCCGGGGCGGGAGUGGAGCCCUAACCCUGUUGGACGAGGAGGAGCUGCUAGUGUUCAAUCCGAGGGCAGUACUCCCUUGCUUUGUGAUCGUGUUUACUGUUUGAGUGUGGGCUAGCUAUACGCUGCUGCUGAUCGAUGCAUGCGAAGUUUUACUCCCCACCUUCUCAAGAAAUUAGCAGUACAAUUAUUACAUGAGUGGUUACGUACGUACAAUUAUCACGUGAAGAAUGAUAUGUUUAUUUGUGUGUCAAAGACAAAAAACUGCAUAUAUUAGUCAUUUUCUAGCUCUUUGUACCAUACAUCCUUCUUUCUUAAUUAUGUUUCUUGAUAAGUAAUUUUGAGGAUUUUAUUAAGGGACUGUGUCUGUUUGUAUAUAUAAUUCACGAUCUCUAGGGAUUUACCUUCUUU